AUGUCAUCACAACGUUAUUCCGAAUCACGAACAAUUCAAGAACAAAGCCGUCAUGGUAAUGAUGGAUAUGGUGUGCCAUAUACCUCACGGGUUACUGUACCUAUUCAACAUACAAUAAGUAGUUAUAAUGAUUUAGGCAAUGAACGACGUGUACAAGACCGUCUUCGUACUCAAGAUACAACUGUACAAUGGGUCAAUGAUCCAAUAAGUGGACGUGAAAGUUUUCGAGUUACAGUCAAUAUUGAUGGAUUUAACCAAAAUGAAGUUAAUAUUCGUUUUGAGGGUAAUAAGCUUGUGGUUUAUGGUGAACAUAUUGAAAAUAACAAUCAAAAUACAGCAAAAAAACUUAUAGAAAAAUCUUAUGAAUUACCUCGGGACCUCGAUACGUACAGUCCACGAGUAACAUAUCCAACACCAAUAACAAUGCAAAUCGAUAUUCCAUCACGUCAUUCAAAUGUAAUCAUUGAUGAUGGUCGUACAUCUUCAAAAUUAAUAUCUAAUUAUGAUACAUCUUAUCGUACACAACCACGAUAUAGUCAAGAAAAAACUUCAUCUGAAUAUACAUCAACAAGAAAACUUGGUACUGGUGGUGGUGGUAGUGGUGGUAGUACUUAUCGAUCAACUUCAACUCCACGCAUUUAUUCAACAUUUGAUGAUGGUAAUACUGGUCGUAAUAAUACAUAUUCAUCGACUAGUCGUUAUCAAUCAAGAGACUCUCAAAGUCCAAUACGUCGAGGAUAUAUUGAUUCUACAAGUAAUUUAUAUAAUACUAAUUUAAAUACUCCAACAUAUACAUAUACUGUAACAAGUGAUGAUACUAAACCAAGAAUAAUAUAUCCAACAAUAUCAAGUGGUAAUAAUGAUUCGGCAUAUGAAAAAAAAUUUAGUGAAACACAUCGUGAAACUCGUCAUAGACGUUCAAGUCCAACAACAGGCGUACAAUCAUCACAUGAAGUUCAACAUAAUCGUUCUGGUAGUCCAUCAAUAGGUCGAAAUUUUGAUGAAAAUCGUUUUCGAACAAGUCUCAAUAUUGGUAGUAAUAAUAUAAUACCAUCAACAUCAUCACGUAAUGUUGAAGUACGUGAAUUUUCACAACGUGUUGGUGGUGAUACAAAUAAUAAUACAUAUGUUGAUAAUAUUCGUAAUUAUCAACCAUCAUUAUUUACAGCAGGUUUCAAUUCUGAUGCAUUUUAUCGAAGUGCUUUUCAACCACAAAUAUUUACUGAUGAUCAUGGUCAAAAUCGUAUUGAAAUGAAACUUGAUGUACAAAAUUAUGAUCCAAAUGAUAUAAAAGUAUCUGUUAAUGGUAAUGAUCUUAUUGUUCAAGCUGAACAUAAUGUUAAUCGACCACCAACAACAUCAUCACGAGCUUAUUUUUAUAAACAAAUAACAUUACCAUCAAAUACAGAUUUACAAAGUAUAUCAUCACAAUAUCGUGCUGAUGGAAAACUUCAUAUUACAGCUAAAUUAUCUAAUGAUCAAGCUUCCAUUAGAUAUCAUUAA